GGAUAUGAUCAUGUCAGCUGGCAGGGGCAGGGAGCACACUGACCUCACAGAAGAUCACUUAUCACAUUUGAUUAACACUUAGACACAGAGCACCAGUCGCGUUUCUUAUGACGUGUAGUGGAUCCUAGUGGAUUUCAAGUUUUAUUUAGGAAAUCAGUUAUUCUUCCCUGGAAGAAAUACUGAGGCCAAAAUGCACGCGCGCGUAAAAACAAAGCACAUCUCAGUCGGGUGUUGGUCUGAUCUGAUCUGAUCUGAUCUGAUCUAUCUAUCUAUCUAUCUAUCUAUCUAUCCAACCAUCACUGCACGACCAAGGUCCUUUGCACACCCCCCCCCUCUCCUGUUUUUUUGCGCACAGUAGCGCGCUGUGCUCUGGAUGCUGUGCGACGAUGCUGCGCGCUGCGAAUGAACCAUUUCAGCUUGGAUGUUUUUAUGGCUGCAUAUCUCCAACAGGAGGCUGGAACAGAGAUGCAGAACCGAGGAUAAGCCGUGAUCUGGGACCGUGAGCACACUGGGUUUUUUUUUCCUUCCCUGCUUCCUGUUCUUUCACGUCCACGGUGGCUUUGCUUCUGUUCUUCUCUGCAUCUGUGCAUCUGUUCUUCUCUGCAUCUGUGCAUCUGCUCUUCUCUGCAUCUGUGCAUCUGCUCUUGCUCUGAAGGUACUGCGUUAUUCUGGCACGGAGCUCGCGCGUUAUUUACAAGCAACACGUCCGAAUCCAGAACGACGCUCCAGCUGAUUCCAGCUGUUUUUGGUUUUGUUUUUUAAGAAAGGAAGCUAUGAUGUGGAAACUUGGGAAAAACAGAUCUUAGGAAACUAUAGAGGAAUAAAAAAAAAAAGCUCCAUACAGUGAAAAUUCAAGAUUAACAAAGGCAUGCACAAGCCAAGACGAAUUAACUGAAAGAGACGUCAGUGUGGAUGAGGAUGACUGGACCACCAGCCAGGAGGAAAAGUCUUUAUUUUUUAAGAAGGCUGCAGCAGCAUAUGUUUUUUUCUCUUUUUAUGAGCCAGGGUUUUUUGCAAAAAAUGUUGAAUUGCACACGUUGAAGUAUUUGUCUUCUUGUUCUUCAUCUGUUUUUGAAGUGCAGCCAAAACUAGUGCCAAACACUAACUGUGCCAAGUCGGGGGGGAAAAAAGAAACCAAACCAUUUCAGCUGCAUUUUUCAAAUAUUUCUCAAUCCAUUUUUUUACCCUUUUACCUUACAUUCAACAUGAACUUACACAUGAAGUGCUUUAUUCAGGAGUGACUGUUAGCUGUGCAAUUAAAUUCACUCUCACUGGUAGGAGCUGGCCCUUGAUUGAGUGACCAAAAAUAGGGCCAACAGAAGCCUCCUUAAACUCCACAAAGUGACCUGCUGCUAAUUUUGUCCUUGCGAGGCCUGGCAUGUUUCUGCUUCAUCAAUCAACCUCCGAGCCAUUCUAUGCUUCUGCAGUUACUCCUCUUCUUCCCUGAUUUCUGUGCACUAGAAAAAAAGAGUUUUGUCUUCGAAAAAAAAAAUCCUCAAGCCAUAGUUUGUAUAGCCAUCCCUGUCAUGACAGUUAAUACUGGGUUAUGAAACUACAAUAUUUAUGAAUUUGAUUUUUAAGAACAGGUUCAAAGGUAUAUUCAGGGAUACUCUUGAAGCCAGUGACAAGAGUGCAUUCUGCCAUAUUCACCAGCAUAUAAUGAGCCAUUAGUAUGUUUACAUAAGUUUUCCGUUGGUUUUCACUAGUUGGGAACCGCACAUUAGAAGUGAAAAUACUAUUCAGUACUGUAAUUUGGAUGAGAAAAUCACUAGUUUUAAUUUGUUGCCCUGAAUGUGUUCCAUAUGGAUGAAUGACUCCCCAAAACCCAUAUACAAACAGACACACAUAUUUCCUGACUUGUUUUCAAGUCAAACAGAUUAACACAUGCUGCUUGGUAGCUUCUACCCUGACUGAUUAGACUCUUCUGCGGUCUCUGGGAUGAGCUAUCAUCUUGUAUAACUAUUAGAAAAAAAAAAAAGAUGAGCACUUCCUCAAUGUUUCAUUUGCAAUGACCUUUUCUGAUUUAUUUUAAUAGUCUUACUGUAUAGUCUCAAUAACUUCCAUAACACAGAAGACAGAAGAAGAUAUUUAUGCAUGCAAAAAAAAAAAUCGUGUUUCAGAUUCCAAGCUAUUUAGAGGCUUGAAAGGUCUUCGUGUGUUUACUAUUUUAUUAUCAUUGCCACAGCCAAAAUCUCCACCCUCUGAUCUCUUUCUGUCAUUUUACACACUGGCCGCAAGUUUACAAUUCACAAAGAAGAGGUAAAUUACACUAGUAAAGGUUUUUUUUUUUUAAUGAAGUUGAUACGUCAGUUUUUAAGAGGUGUUCAUGUUAAAUAUCUGUCUGGCAAAGUGCCAACUACAAACAAGGACAUUUAUAAUGCAUUUAAUAAUAAUAAACUAGUUAUAGUUAUAAUAGGAAUAACCUUACAGUAGACUUCAAUUUACAAGUUUACACUGAAAGAGAAAUGUUUACAUGUUCCCCUUAAGGUGGACUAAUUUUAUGUCCAAACAGUUUGUUGGAAUGUGAUAGUUUAUUUAAAUAAAACAUAAAAAAUACCCACAUUUAAAAAGUAAAGAAGCCUGUUAGUUUGAUGUGCGUUAGUGAUGAGUAUAAUAUUUAUAUUGUUAACAUGUUCCCUGAAAUCCAUGUCAUGAAUUUGUCUUCAACAAAGCAUUCAUACACCUAAAUUCAUUUUUCCAGAUCAUACCAAGUUUUACAUUCAAUCAACCGAAAUCAGUUUUGUUGAACUAAAAUGAAAUUAAAUCUGUACAAAUCAUUUCAACACUUUUUUCCAUGUAUAACUGGAUUAACUCUGUUCCUUUUCUGAUGUUGAUAUUUCUGUAGUGUUUUGUCGGCAUAAAGACAUCACUGAAUAUAAUUCCAUAUAUUCUUCAAUAUAUUCUUCAUUAAGCUGAAAAUUGUUUCAUUGGUUAGACAUGCAUUUUGCAUAGCAUUUGAGAAAACGCUAACUAAUUAAAGUAACACUAACUUCUUGUAUAUGUUACAUAUUGUCAGAGUGGCACACAAUUUUCUUUCUUAAUACACCAGCAUUUUGUAUUGUUAAGAACCAUUUUGUACAAAGUGGUAAAUUGUUCUAGUUCUUUGAGAGGCCCUUGUCAUCAAAAUGCCGUUUGCUGCCAUUUUGUGUUUUUUUCUUCUUUUGGACCAUGUGAUUUCCACAGUGGCUGUUAGUUCAGAACGUCACUCAGCCAAUGGCAGGCCACUGUUGCUUUUAUUGCGAGGCUGGGGCAAACAGAUCCCACCCCCUUCACUGAAGGGGAAGGGAAAAGAAGCAGCGGCCAUUGCAGUGGAACCAGAAGUGGCUGAGAUCCCUGCAAUGCCUCUUCCUCAGAUCAUGCUCCCUCGUAACAUGACAGCCGAUGCCCUGAAACCCCCACUGGGGGCUGCGCAGGUGGCGCCACCACCACGGCGUCUGGUGGAUGUCGAUGUGUGUAGGGGCUACUAUGAUGUAAUGGGACAGUUUGACCACACCUUUAACUGCACAAAGGGCACUUACAUCUAUUGCUGUGGCACUUGCCACUACCGCUUCUGCUGUGAGCAUCAGCGCAACCGGCUGAACCAGGACGUAUGCACCAAUUACAUCUCACCCAUCUGGGCCAACACACAGGUGCCUGCCACUCAGCCCCCAAGCCGUUCGGAUCCAGACUUUGACCCUUUGCAGCAGCAGAGCAACAAUACAUUUUAUGUCAUCGGUGGCGUCAUCUCUUUCACAUUGGCCGUGGCCAUUGGGGUGAAGGUGGCUUGCCGCAAGGUCUCCCGUAGACCCAGGAACCGAGAUCUCAAUAUGCCCAGAGCACUGGUUGAUAUAUUGCGUCAUCAGUCCAGCCCGGUACAGCAGAGUGAGAGAAACAACAGCACCACUGCCACCACCAGCAAAGGCACUCUGGGACGGCAGUCCAAAAACCAUUACACACCCAUCCUCCAGAGCAAAGACAACCGGAUUGGGAAACACAAUUUAAUCCAGUCUGGGCCCAGCCCCAAACACACAGCUACUAUAGAGCGUGUACCACGGAUGAACAAUGCCCAGCUCACCUCCACAGGAACGCUGAUCUCCAGCAAGACCAGCAACACAGGCCAUCAUCUAACCAUCUCUCAUUCCUUUCACAACCUGGCUCAGCUCCCUCCAACAUAUGAAGCUGUUAUGAAACCUGAUAUUAACCGUUAUUCCUCCCUCAAGAGACUAGAAAAAGAUCUGGAUGAUUACACAAGUUAUUAUACCUCAAAAAGACGACCCAAUGAGGCACCACCUUCCUUCCACUCCUCCCAGCAUCACCUGCACUGGGGUGGUGAUUACACUCUAGGGGCAAGGGGUACACUGCCCCUACACACCUCCCGACCCCAAAUACAUGUACCUACCUCUACGUCCACACCAAAUCCUUACCCUUUACCCCAGUCACCAUACAGUCCUACCUUUGAGACAGUGAGCCAGCCUCCACGCAGGGUGAUGUCUCAAGACCAACUGCUGGCCUUGGGGGAGGGAAACACCCUGUCUUACUUGUCUAAGAACCAGCAGCACCAGUAUUACAAAGCCAUGGCCACCAGCAAGAGUUCCAACUCAAAGAUACUGAGGAAGUCCCACGAACGCCUGCUGGUGUCACCUGAGGACAGAAUGAUGGGGAGUGCAAUGGGUGACUAUGGGGGGAUGAUGUCUCACCUCAGCCACCAUAAGAAAACGCAGUCGCAGCAGAACGUGUGUGUGACCCCAUCACUUGACCGACACCACAUGAUCAAGAUGAAUUCGCACCCAACAUCUGGCUGUGAACAGGAGUUCACAAGCAUUGCUGCUGCCAUGUCAGCUGGCCAUGGAACUGGCACUCUGGGUUGGGGGGAGGGUCAUGGCUCUGCUGGUGGCGCUGGAACGAUAGGCCAAAGUGCCCGCAGAAUGGCGUUUGCUGCAAAGCGGCAGAACACCAUUGAACAGCUGCACUUCCUCCCUGGGGCAGGGGGAGGCAGUCAGGCACUGUGGACAGGGAGUAAAAACGAAGUCACGGUGUGAAGAAGGGGUGAGAGCAGAAGAAGACAGAAAAGGGAUGAUAGAAAGAUUAUACGUAUUUGCUCAAAUGGAGGAGAGGACUAAUACUUUAAGGGAGAGUGUAAGUUAGAAUGACAGGAUGGAUAGGGAAGAUGGAAAAAGCUUUAGAGUGAGGAGCAAUGUGAGUCUGAUAGCAGGAGAACUUGGUAUACUGCUAGGACAGAAGUGAGGCAAUACAUUGUUCUGGAGAUCCAUUUUUGCCCCUUGCCGCUUGUUGCUAAGAAACAGCAUAAGAUACACCCUUGUUAUGUGAAGGUAUUUUUAGGAUGAAACUAUGUGGAUAACUAAGGUUCCUAGUUUUAACUCAUCUGACUGUGUAUACAGUAUAUACGUAUUCUUGGAAACAUUGCAUCUACAACAAUUGAGCCAUACUUUUAGAACAUUUUACGGUUAAAAAAAAGAAACUAUUUUGAAGGUUUUCUCCAACACAAACCUUCUCUAGCAAGUACAUGUAAGUUUAUAUAAUAAUAAUAAUAAUGCUUAAUACUACUGAGUUUUGUCGGGAAAGGAUUUCGUAGGAUAUUAUGGCAGAAAAUAAGAGGUGGAAACUUGAAUGGUCUCUGAUAAUAGACAGGUAUAUUUGUGAAGACUGUAUAUUUGUGAAAUUUCCAGAUGUAAUGUUAUAGCAUCACAAAUAAACAUUGAUUAAUAAGGUAUAAUGAAUUCCACUGCGGCUUCAAGUGCGCGAUGAGGAAAAAAAAAUGUUUCCAACAAUUAAGUGAUUUACGUCAUAAAUAGUGGUCCAACAGACGUGAAAUAAUUAAGAAGCUGUGAAGUUGGACACUGACAUCCAGUAUAUUGAACGAUAUUGCGAUACAAUUCUUUAGAUUCAAGAGUCCUGACUCUUUUAUAAUUCAGCUUGGGGUAGGCGUGUUUGACUAUGAACCUCUGAUAAUGUGGUGACUAUUGUUUGUCACAUUUUUUUAAAGAAAAAAUUAUUGAUAUCUUGGCUUUAUUGUGGUACCUUUUAAAAGGUGCCUCUGAUAGCAAUAUGCAGUGGUAAUCUUUGAUUCAUAGGGAAAUAUUUAAAGAAUCUAAAGGCCUUGUAGUUAGAAAAUAAUAUCAUCUUUUGCCCAAUAUGUGGCAAAAAAUUAGCUAACAGGCAUUGUGCCUGUUCAAGCAUGUCUGACCAGUUAAAGGACUGCUAUAUAUAUAUAUAUAUAUAUAUAUAUGACUUCCCUAGUCCUGGUUCCUGACAUUUGGUCUGUUAUCAUGGAAGUGUGGCAGAAGACAAAUUAAUUAUGAGCAUGCUUUGUUGUCAGCAACACUGCAGACACACAAUUUGUAACAGUUGAUUACUGUAUAAGGUUGGUAGGGGAAUGGGAAAGGGGAUGGGGAGUUGUUGGACUCUUUAUUCCAAGGGCUAUUCUGAAACUUUUAUCUGUAUGUCUCUGCUUCUUUGUUUGGUCAGUUUUUUUAUUUUAUUUUAUUUUUUUUAAUGAUCAUGUGUCAGUGUAAGUGACACAGCUGUAGAAAAAAAAUGCAUAAAACAACAGAACAAGUUCUGAUAUAGCUAACUAUAUAAUCUGCCAGGCUGAAUACACUGUAAUAUAUUAAGAUAUAUGUUAUUUUCUGAUUAACGAGGAGGCUGGUUUUUUUGGUUAAAGACGUGUAUAUUUCUCCACUGUAUACUCACCGGACACUCAUAGGCAGUAGUGUUGUGGAUGCCUGAGACAGUUCAUAUGCUUGAAAUAUACAGAAAAAUAAACAGACCUGAAAUAUGUCCUUAAAAAAUACCCUUAAAAUUAUUAUUUCAGCUUUUCUUUCUACUAAAGUUAUUCCAGUAUAAAACGUAUAAGAAUUUUAUAUCGAUUUAUACAGUAUAAAAAAGACUGAAUUCAAUUCCGUGUUCAAACCAAUUAUCAGUGUUCAGAUCAUAGUUCAUGUUUGCUUCCUUUUGCUUCCAUUUCUGUGACUUUCCUUUUUUGUUACUAUACAACUUCCUAGUGGAUCCUAUACUUUGUAAUUAAUGACAGAAAAGAAGCAAUUAAACUGAAAAGAGGAAAAGCAUGAAGAUGUCAAAAAAAGCCAGUGUUGAUGUCAUUACUGCUGAUUAGUGAUGUCAAGGUGUGUAUGUUUCCUGUUUGUGUGUCUGUGUUUCUGUGCCUGUGUGUAUUUCUGAAUCUGUCUUUUGGAAUGCUGAAUCUCCCAUUUUAUCUGACUUUUAUCUGAACUGUCAGACAAUGUGCAAGGAAAAUUAAACCCCCCAAAUGACUUUA